ACAUAGACCCUAUACAACCUAUUCAGCCUUGUAGAUCUGAAUUUAACUUAAGAACAAUAACAACGACAGAAUUAAUUCAAACAAUUGGGAAAACUAACUUAAACAAGGCCCCAGGUCUAGACAAAAUACCAAUUAAACUAAUUAAACUAGCAGGAGAUGCCAUUCACGACUCCUUACUACAUAUCUUUAACCUUGUACUGGGCACUGGCAUUUUCCCAGAUGAUUUAAAACUUGCUAAAAUAAUACCUAUUCAUAAAGAAGGUGACAAGGCGGAAUGCGGAAACUACCGGCCUAUAUCUGUAAUUCCUACUGUCGCCAAAAUCCUUGAAAAGAUUAUAUACGACCAAUUAAGUUCAUAUAUCAAUGACAACGACAUCAUUUGUAAACAGCAAUUUGGCUUUAGACCAAAUCAUUCUACAGAAACUGCCCUAUUAAAAUGUACAGAUCAAUGGCUACUUAACAUGGAUAAAGGAAUGGCAAAUGGAGUGCUAUUUUUGGAUCUUAAAAAAGCGUUUGACACGGUUGAUCAUUCUAUUCUCCUACAAAAGCUAUACCAAUAUGGUAUAAAGGGUACUCCUCUAAAAUUACUAGCAUCUUACUUAAACAACAGAAAACAAGUUUGUGUCAUUAAUAAUAACAAGUCAGGCCAAGAAACAGUUCAAUGUGGAGUACCACAAUUGAUAACGAACUAA